AUGCUUUCCAAACUUGCGAAAUCAAUCGGCGCCAUCGUUCCUAGUAACACACUCAACAGUCCAGCGUCACGUUCGUCGCUGCCACUAGCACCAUACGCCAGGGACGAGACAGAUCCGCCAUUGAAGAAACGUAGGGUAGACGAGGACGGGGACAAGGACGAGGACAAGGACGAUGAGGUCGAAACCGACGAUCAAAACGAGGACAGCAGAUAUCCGACUCUUCAGGCCACAUUUGCAGUCGACAUGGGCCGUGAUAUGCCUCCCCCGGAGCGCAAGGCUUCUUUCAACAGCACUCACUCUGCGCCGCGUUGGCAACGGGCACCGAGCGUUCAAUCAACGGGCGGAACAUCGAAUUACAGGCCUCCAAGCACUCACUCUAUGGGCAAAAACUCCGUACAGCAAAGUCGCGUGGAUGAGUACCGCGCAAUGGAACAGCGGACAAUGCUACCAAAGAAAACGAGGCAGCGAAAAAAGAAGCCUGUUAAUUCGGCAUCAAAUCCCGAACAAAUUCUUGACAGUGAUGAAGAGGAGGAAGAAGAACCUGCCCUAGUUGUAUCCAAUGGGAUGUCAAAUCGAGAGCAUGACACACAUGGAUAUUGCGAUACCGUUCGUUAUAGUCAGCAUUUCGCAAAAUCUAGACCGAACGGAUCUAAUCAAGCUCUCACACCGAACUCCAAAAGGAAAGCAUCGGGGCAAUUGCCAGGCCCCCCAGUCAAGCUAUCCAGAAACUCAAGUCCGGACCCUUUAUCUCAGGGAGUUGGACAAAAUCGUCAAGAACGCUCCAGGAAACGGGUCUUGAACUCUCAGAGUGAAUCGACUCGAGGAGUAAUUACAGCCACCAGCUUCCCUUCUAAACGCACACCCCAAUAUGCAAGACACACCAAAAGUGAACCGGACAACAGUCUCGUCAAUCUUUCCAGUCCCGUCAGAUCGUCAUUGAAAAGGGGACUCAAGUUGAAAGUGGCUGUUUCAGGCGCUUACAGCUAUUCGCAUGAAACGUGUGAGCCGAAAUGCCUGCUUCGCACGGAGGAUGUCAGCACUAUUCUUCUCCCAAUGCCACUUGAGGGAGGCUCAACCGAAGAUUUCCUAUCAGAGUAUAGUUAUCUGCAAGUCAAUUUGGCUAAAGUUCACUCUAUAAAGUAUGAAAUCGCCAAUCAUACUGUACUUAUUGAGCGGUCUGUCGAUGCGACAACUCCAGGUCUUCCCAAGCUCUACUUGGUAUUUGACGGGCCUGGGGACUUGGCGGGCUUCUUAAAAUGGGUCACAAUGAAGCGGAAAGAAGCUGUAUUACUCAAGAGGGAAGAAGUUCCCGGAGACAAGUUGAUCAAAACAGUCAACCACCUUUUGCAAAGGUCUACAAAACACAAGAUGCCGAAAAGCCCCAAUGAUACCCCCAAAGAUGCUCAGGAUCAUCUUGCAGAGGAUAUUCAACUCAUGGCACACAAACGCACGCGUCGGCAGACGCUCGUAAGCCAGAAUGACAUGCGCAAGUCCGUGUCUCGUUCAACAAAGCAAGCAACAGAGGCUCCAGAGGUUAUCGAUGAUGAAGAUGAAAUCACCUCGGUCCCCGAAACUCCCCAGGCUUCGGCAUCUCGAACUCGAAGACGAUUUGCCGUACUGGCUGAGAGUCCACCAACGCCCAAGUUGUGGACAAAGGAGAACCCCGAAUGGGUAGAGAAAAACUGGCGGAACUCUUUGGUCUUCCCUCCGCAAGGAAAGAACAGAGCCAGCGUGGACGCAAACGACAUUGAAAGGCUCGAUGAGGGCGAGUUUCUAAAUGAUAAUCUGAUUAUCUUUUACCUGCGAUACCUUCAGGACAAGCUGGAGAAAGAAAACCCACAGGUUGCAGAGCGUAUCCAUUUCCACAACACAUUCUUCUAUGAUAAGCUCAAACCCACGCGUAGCGGUGCCGGCAUUAAGUAUGACGGGGUCAAAGGUUGGACAACCAAAGUCGAUUUGUUUAAGAAGGAUUUCAUUGUGGUUCCCAUCAACGAGUAUCAGCAUUGGUAUGUGGCAAUCAUCUACAAUCCAUCCAAGCUCGAUCCAUCACAGCAAGUUUCGCCCAUUGUAGCAAAGCCAGUCGCCUUGGACUUGACGACGCCAGAAAAGCCAGAAAAGCCAGAAACGGAAGUUUUGACGAUAACUGACACCCAGUCAACCAAUCCGGAAGCCGAUGUAGAGAUGCAGGAUGGCGCUCAUGUUGUUGAAACAGAGUUGCGCAGGAUGUCAAUAGGGAGCGCCAAAGGUAGUGUUGAUAUCGAUGCUGAUGCGUCACGACGAGUUACAACCUCGCAACAUGAAGACGAGCGAGUCAAAGCUGCCGAGAAAGAGAUAUACGAUGUUGAUGCAGACAGCGAGAUCCAGCCAGGAAGCCCGCCUUCAAGCAGUGCACACCGCAAGAUGAAGAAGACAGGUCCAGGAUCGAAGAAGCACCAUGAUCCCAAUCAACCAAAGAUCAUCACAUUGGAUUCGCUUGGUUCAGCUCACUCGCCUGCAUGCACCCAUUUGAAGCAGUAUCUUAUGGCUGAGCUCAAGGACAAGAAGGGCAUCGAAAUUUCUGACCCGGGCGCAUUGGGCAUGACCGCAAAAGGAAUUCCGCUUCAAGAGAAUCAUUGUGACUGCGGCUUGUACCUGCUAGGUUAUGUUCGCCACUUCCUGGAGAACCCGGACGCGUUUGUGCACGGACUGCUACAUUAUGAUGAACCGACGUGGUCUUUCGUAUCUUCAGAUAUGCGACAUGAAAUCAGGAACCUGAUCUUUAUGUUGCAAGCCGAGCAACAAAAGCGAGAGGAUGCUGAGCAGGAAGCCAAAAGGCAGAGAAAACGCCAGGCUGCGGAAGAAAGGAGGAAUAAAAGCCGACCAACGUCAAGCGCAAGUGAUGACAAGGAGCCGCUGGCAAUCUCAAGCUCUGCAGCGACUCAAGGUACCCAAGCAUCGUCAUCUGAAGAUACAGUGUCGCCUCAGAAGCCAAUCAAACACGACACUAUUGACGCGUCCUCAAUACUUCAACCUCGGCCUAUGGCUCAAAGCAUCGAGACAGAUGAGGUUGUACCAGCAGACAAUGACCCGCAGAAGAUAUUGCCAGAAUCUCGUGUGAAAACUGACGCUCAUGGUGAGACGAAAGAGCCGUGUGAGGCAAGCACGUCCAUGCCAGGAUCAUUUCCAGGCAGCCAGCAGAUGGCCUUGUCACCUAAGCGGUCAGGCAGCAUCGAUACUCAGAAGGGGUUCAUUCAUGGGAUCAAGUCUCCAGAAUUACGUGGCCAUACAUCAGACAAUCCUGUAGAGGUGCAUGACGAGGCGGAUGGCUCGCCAUCGUUGAUGAAAGAACUUGAGGACCAUAUUGCGCAGGCCAAGAGCCCCAAUACCAGACGCACACCACGCAAGCAAGCUUCGAGACUCAAUUCUGAGACAAGAGGAAGUUCUGUCGAGGCGCAUCAGACGCUUCGAUCACCAAGCACUAAUAUCGCGGUGAUUCUUUCGUCUCAAAAAAGUCCUAGAAAAGAUUACACUGUAACCAAAUUUCCGAGUUCGCAGACAACGGAGACAGGCCACAGGAGCGGAAUGUUUUCGGGAGCUACAUCACAGCGGCAAGAGGAGACGGUGGUGAGUGUCAAGUACGUGGGACAGCGUAAUCGAUCUAAGGAAGAUUACAAAGAAGGCAACGAGACCAUCGUUGUGGACUAG